AAACAUUCAAUUUUCAUCAUCUUCAUUAAUUCUACUUAGCUAAUUUACUUAUUUUCUUGCUAUAAUAUAUAGUAUACAUUCUUUAAAUUAUGAGUGCUUCAAUUCGAUCUUAUGCUAUAUUUUCUAUUUUUUUGCUUUCAUGCAUGCAAUGUCAUGCACAACUUUCCGCGACGUUCUAUGAUAACUCUUGCCCUAAUGCACUCAACACGAUUCGAACCAGCAUUAGGCAAGCAGUUUCACGUGAACGUCGCAUGGCUGCUUCCCUUAUUCGUCUUCAUUUUCAUGAUUGCUUUGUUCAGGGCUGUGAUGCUUCGAUCUUGCUUAAUGAAACCACUUCAAUUAUAAGUGAGAAAACUGCGUUGCCAAAUCUUGGAUCUGUAAGAGGUUAUGGAGUUAUAGAUGAUGCAAAAGCUGAAGUGGAAAAGAUUUGUCCUGAAGUGGUUUCAUGUGCUGACAUACUUGCUGUUGCAGCUCGAGAUGCAUCAGCUGCGGUAGGAGGACCAUCAUGGACAGUAAAACUUGGAAGAAGAGAUUCAACCACAGCAAGUAAAAUAGUUGCAGAAACAGAGAUUCCAAAUCCAUUUGAGUCUCUAGAUAGACUUAUUUCUAGCUUUGAAAACAAGGGACUUAACACAAGAGACAUGGUCGCGUUAUCAGGGGCUCAUACAAUAGGUCAAGCACAGUGUGUUCUAUUUCGUGAUCGAAUUUAUGGCAAUGGAACAGACAUUGAUGCUGGUUUUGCUAGAACUAGAAGACGUCAAUGUCCUCAAGAAGGAGAGAAUGGAAACCUUGCACCUCUUGAUCUUGUUACACCAAAUCAAUUAGAUAAUAAUUAUUUCAAGAACAUCGUCGAUAAGAAAGGUCUUCUUAAAUCAGAUCAAGUUCUUUUCAAUGGAGGAUCAACAGAUGGUAUUGUUACUGAAUAUAGUAAUAGCCCUAGAGCUUUUGCAUCUGACUUUGCUGCUGCUAUGAUCAAAAUGGGAGAUAUUAGUCCUUUAACUGGUCAAAAUGGAAUUAUAAGAAAAGUUUGUGGAAGUGUGAACUAGUUCUUAAUUCAAAUAUGUAUUAUUUCUCUUAAUUAAUAUUUAUUCAAGAAUAUGUUGGAUUCUGUUUUUUUAUAUAACUAUAUAUUUGUAUGUUUGAUGUAUUGAAGUGUAUUAUAUGAAGACGUUAUACAUAUUCAAAACUCUUA